ACAGCCACACUCACCCGCCACUGCACAUGUAGCUAGCUUUAGCUGGUAGCAGCGGGCUGGUAGUUCUGUUGUUUUUCAUACGCUCACUGUCACUAAAAAAAUGAGUGAUAACGACAAAGGCCGGGAGUCUCGCUCCGCUUCAAGGAGCGCGAGUCGAGGCUCGGGGAAGUCGGGGAGCCGCUCCCCGGCUCGCUCGCCCGCUCAUUCAAAAAAAGGCUCCCACCACUCCCGUUCCAAGUCCCAGUCUCGGUCCAGGUCGAGGUCCCAUUCCCACCGUGGCUCACGCAGACACUAUAGCCGGUCUCGGUCUCGCUCAAGGUCCUAUCGCCGCCGGUCUCGCAGUAGGUCCUACAGCGGUGAGCGGCGGCGUAGAAGCCACAGUCGCUCGCCUAUGUCCAAUCGCCGCAGGCACAUCGGCAAUCGUGCUAAUCCAGAUCCAAACUGCUGCCUGGGAGUGUUCGGUCUGAGCCUGUACACCACAGAGAGAGAUCUGAGGGAAGUCUUCUCCAAGUACGGCCCCCUGGCGGACGUCAGCAUCGUGUAUGACCAGCAGUCGAGGCGCUCCAGGGGCUUUGCGUUUGUUUACUUUGAGAACACCGAUGAUGCCAAUGAGGCAAAGGACCGGGCCAAUGGCAUGGAGCUGGACGGGCGAAGAAUCAGGGUGGACUUCUCCAUCACAAAAAGAGCUCACACUCCGACCCCUGGAAUCUACAUGGGACGGCCCACAUAUGGCGGAGGUGGUCCCAGUGGCCCUCGUCGCUACUCCCGCGACUAUGACCGUGGCUACGAUCGCGGGUACGACAGAGGUGGCUACGAUCGCUAUGACGACAGGGAGUACCACAGAUCUUACAGAAGGCGAUCCCCGUCUCCGUACUACAGAGGGCCUUACAGGUCUCGAUCCAGAUCACGAUCCUAUUCUCCCCGUCGGUAUUGACCGUCUUUCCUCUUGGCGCGAGCCCACGCAGGUCUUUUUUCUGUGAGAUAUGAGUGAUCUCAUGGUAGUUUCUUCAUGUCUUUUUUUUUCUCUCAAUGUGAUCAUGCUUUUUUUUUUUUGUUUAUUUUAACUGACUAGUAAUAGUACAUCAACAUUGGAUCUGAAGCGGUCUCUCCUCGUCUCUUUUUACAUCUAUAGAUAUGUUUUAAAUGAUACAGUAAUGUUUGAAUUUUGUUGUAUCCAAGUGAGUGGAAAAAUCCCAUCUUUGAACAGAUUAAAAUGAAAGAUGCUUUUUUUUUCUCAACCUUGACUUGUGUUUUUUUCGUUUUGCUCCCCACAAAGCCGAUUCAGUCUGCUUUUUCACUGGGUAAUUUCUGAACCGUUUUUUUUUCUCUCUCUCUUAGCCUUUACAAUACAAGCUAAUGUUCGCUGUUCGAUCACAUCACUGCUUGGAGCUGUGGCUUUUUUUUCUUUCAGAACAUUGAUACAUUUUUAAAUCGGUUGCAUAUGGAGGAAAGAAAAGCCUAACAAGUGUAUUUAUGGUACCAAACUUUAUUUCAGAUUGUGAAGCGAUCAAACUGGUCAACAGUUUGCUCGGUGAGUAAAGAUCAGCCUUGCAGCCGAUUCUAAAAAUGUAUCCUCCGUUUCUGUUGAGCGUCACAAAACUCUUAUCGCCAGUCGUAUCGCCUUGUUUACAUAUUUGAAAGUUUUGAUGUUGGUUAUUCGGAUAGAUUCUUGUUGUUGUCUAUAAAAAAUAUAUAUAUAUAUAUAAAGUGUAUUUAUCCAUGUUCAAAUACAGCUAAAGGACUUGAAAUGUGUAAACAUUUAAAGGGGUACCGGCUGUAUGGCGAAGCAGCGUCUGAAGUCCAACGUCUACCCCUGCUGGUCACAGAGGUGACCACACCUGCUUCAGCAUUCAUGACAUGAUGUCCAGGAGUUUGUUUUUCAGUUUGAGCUCAGUGAGAAGGAAAAAAAGAAAAUCAAGCUGUCAAAAGGAUCAUUAAUGACAAGCUGUAUGUUUACUCAAAGGAUUGUUUUACAGAAAUUAUUAAAAUAUGAUUUUCGUUUUGUU